AUGUCAUCACCUGUUAGUGACAUGAGCAACGUGACGCUCACUCUUCCUGCUUUGAAGCGAUCAAGAAGUGCUAACAUCGGUGUCAUUACCCGAUCGGAAAAUGCCGUCUCAGCAAUCUUCAACAAAGAGGCAUCUGCUCUAACCUACAAGGAAAUUGGAACUCUCAAGGCCAAUCUCACGAUGUGCGAACGAAAGAAAAAGGAACUGGAAGAGCUUAAUCAGCAAAUUUCAAAUGUUCUAAACGAUGAUGAAGAUGCACUUGAAGUUGAAUUGGAAGAAGCUGAGAAAAUCUACCUUCAAGUAGAUUGUUUGAUGGAAAUGAUCACAACUAUGUUAGAUGACCGAGGAAAAUAUUCAACUAAAUCGGUCAAAGAUGACGACAGCGCAAGCGGAACAGGAUCCUACGAAUCCACUUCCCAACGUGGUGCUGGCCGAAACCAAGAUACUUGCCUGAAGUUGCCGAAACUGAAUUCGCCAACAUUUAGCGGAAGGUAUGAUCAAUGGCUACCUUUCUUAGAUUCCUUUGAUGGAGCAGUUCACUCAAAUGCAUCGCUGUCUGAUGUUCAGAAACUGCAACACCUAAAGGGUGCCCUCAAGGAUGAACCGUUUCGUUUGCUAUCCUACUUGCCUACUACAAACGCGAACUACUCAGUCGCAAGGGAACUUCUAAAGGAUCGAUAUGCUGAUGUCAAGAUGAUCUCACACGCUUACUUGGAAGUAAUUUUUGAAUUUACUCCAAUGAAGCAUGAGUCAUCCGCUGCAAUACGUCGGUUGAUUAAUACCUACACGGAAAACACGAUGGCACUGACAGGUUUUGGACUAAAAAUUGAUCAAUGCCAUUUGAUCUGGGUUCACGUUUUGGCCAAGAAAUUGGAUCCUGAAACUAGAAGACAAUGGGAACUUUCCUGCGCGGGAUGUGACGUGCCAAAAAUCAAACAGAUGAAGAAGUUCUUGGAGGAACAAUCUCGCGCCCUAGAAGCUACGAAGGACCUCCACUUACCUUCAAUUCAUAGAAAAAAUCAUCAAGGAAAUUCAGACCAAUCUGGAAACUCUAAGAAAGAUGACAAGGUACAGACAUACCCCACGAACUCUGCUAAGACGAUCAUCUGCCCAUGCUGCAGUGGUGAUCACCGCGUGUAUCAAUGCACAAAAUUUCAGGAAAUGUCUAUUUCCAAUAGAAGACAAGAAGCCAAAUCAAAGCGAUUAUGCUUCAUUUGCCUGUCCCUUGGACACCAAAAUCAUGAGUGCAAGUCGAAGUGCCAAACCUGUCGAAAGGGUCAUCACUCGUUACUUCACAUCCAUACAGACCCAAACAAGCAACCGGGACCUGAAAUUAAGUUUGCGGGUCACGGGGGUACUACCGGUGCCACUACCAUACUGGGAACUGUAUUAAUUGAGGUGAAAACUGCAAAUGGCGGUUAUCACAAUUGUCGAGCCUUACUGGACAACGGAUCUGAAUGCAGUUUCGUUACAACCAACUGUGCUAACCGACUCAAGCUACCAAUCAAGAAAUUGACUCUUCACUUAACUCGAGUUCGCGGAGGAGCAAAAACUGUGAAAUCUGGUUCUGUCAAUCUGGAAACAAAGGAUUCUCAGAAUCAAUCUCUUCAUAUUGAAGUCUUCACUCUUCAAAAACUUUCUGGCUACCUGCCCAGAGAACGGGUGAACAUGCCGAACAGUUUGGAUAUCACACGUCUUAAGCUCUCGGACCCAGACUUUGAUAAGCCAAAGGAAAUCGAUAUAAUCCUAGGCUGUGAUGUCUACAACGACAUUGAAGAUUCCACUACCACAAAGCUAAGUGUAGUUUUCGACGGAUCUGCAACAACAUCAUCCGGACAAUCACUCAACGACACUUUGAUGGUUGGUCCCACGGUACAAGACGACCUCUACUCGAUAAUCAUGCGCUUCAGAGUUUCACAAAUACAAGAGACCCUACCCAGAAGUGAUUGGAAACACGUGCCAACAGCAGUAAAUCCAGCUGAUUUAGCCUCUCGUGGUGUAUUAGCUGACACAUUAAUAUCUUCCUCACUCUGGUGGAAUGGACCAGAUUGGCUGACCAAGGAUGAAAGGCACUGGCCCAACCUACCACUAUCUCUAGUUGAAGCACCUGAAAAACGAACCGUCAAAGCCAAGGUUAAUGCAGAAAACCAAGAAAUAAACUUCAAAUCAGAGCUAAUUUGUCUGAAGGUGAAAAAGGAGCUGAGUAAAACAUCGAAACUACUCAAUCUUAGUCCGUUUUUCGACAAGGAUUACGAUCUACUAAGAGUUGGAGUGUUGCUGGCAGCGCUUCCACGCAGAUUCUACCAAGGAAAGUCGAGUUUGCAUCUCCGCAUAGUACAUGCAGCAGACCCUCUCUUCGUCGCAGAGAGUCAGAGCUGCAUGGCACCACGCACAUGGAAGAUACAAACUUUUCCCCUUCUCAAGAACACCAUAGUGGACCAGUUUCUUCUGCUGAGAACCAAGGUUCCUCAGAUACUUAGCAGCAUCAGUGAACCCCAUCUCCGAAUCAUUGCUACCGGCCAGGCGUUCAAGUUCACCAGAGAGAUUAACUUCAGAUGUCAUCAGGCACAACUUUCGGCCCCCCAGAAGGCACAAAACAGCAUCAUCUUCCUCAUCCAAGUCUUGAUGGAAAGUCCGGAAGGACGAGGACUCUACAAAAAUACCUUGGAGAAGAGAAGAAAGACCUGCUUUGGCCAUCUGGACUGA